AUGCAGGGGUGGUACAAACUCAAUACUGAUGGAUGUUGCCUGGGCAAUCCUGGAAUUUGUGGUGCUGGAGGUAUUAUUCGAAAUGAGAAUGGAGAUAUUGUCAUUGCCUUUGCUGAGAAACUCGAUGAGGGCACCAAUAAUGGUGCUGAACUACAGGCAUUAUUAUAUGGGCUCCGACAUGCUAAAAGGAUGGGGAUUACCCGACUUGAAGUGGAGCUAGACUCAUUGAUUAUCAUUAAUUGGCUAAAGAGGAAGGUCUGCGGUAUUUGGUAUUUAGAGGAUUAUUGGGAAGAAAUACAAUACUUAUUGUCUACAACCCCAUGUAGAGUUCAACACAUACAUCGCGAGGGUAAUUCGGUAGCUGAUAUCUUGUCAAAGAUGGGAGCGUCUAGUGUUUCACAGAUCUGGAUGGAUUCCACUGCUAUAUCACCAUCAGUUAAAGGAGCUGUGCUGAAGAGGCUUGGAGCUGGAGAUAAACUCCAAGUCUUAGUCUCAAAUUUGCUUGAAGUUCUAAAAGACAAAUCCAUUGUGUUCAAUAGAACCAGUUCGUGGCAAUUUGCUAUCAUGACUCUUAUUAGCGGUGGAAAUUCAUGUAGGGGUAGGCGAAAAAAUAUUGGGGGACAAACCAUGUCAAGUGCCAAUAUUGGUAUUGCCGAAGUGUAUGUAUGGAAAAAGUUGAACAAGGAGAAGAAAAUGCUGAAAAGCUUGGGAAACGAAGAGGCUAAGAAGGAAGUUUAUGAUAUUUUGUCACCCUCUUUCGGUUCUGGCUUCGGUUCCCGUAUCUGCAGCUUCUUCCGGGGUUUUUACAGAAUUCACCCUGUAGCAGGUAUUCUCCCAUUGCAUCAUCCUGAAAAUUACUAA